UAAGUCUAAUGAUGCAAAAUCAUUCCAAGCUCUUACUCAUAAAAACCACCCAAAACCAAAUCAAUAACCCACUAAAUAGGAAUCCUGAUAAAGAAAAAGGUUUUUCUGUUUUUUCCAUUUUCUCUUCUCCUAAUCUAUCCAUCAUCACAAUCUUUUCUUACAAUCCAAGCCUUAUUUCAGAGAAUUUUUAUAGCCUCUCAGAAACCCAUUACAGAGAAAGCAAGAAAGGAAGAAUGAAUUCUGUCUGCAUAUCAAGCUGUGUUGAUGAUGCCCGUCUCCCAGUGCGAGCGACUUACAGGAAUCUGUACAAGUGGCCAGAGUCAGAUGCAGAGUUUGUGAGAUCUGUGAGCUCUAACUCAAAUGGAAGCAGCAGGAGCAGCAACUGGGGAGGUGGACAUGGGCACCCAAGAGUGGUGGAUAGCAUAUCCUGUAGGCAGAUGUACCUGAGGAGUUAUACCUUUUCAAGGAAAGAGACAGUUCCAGAAAAAACUGUUAAGUGUUUUGGGGGAGUGAAAGAGAGGGUGGUUCACAAGAAUCAGAAGAAGAAGAAGAAGAAGAGGAAGGGAGGUAGUGAGAAGAAGUGUGCGGUGAUGAGGAAAGUGAAGGACAUGUCUUGUGCUGCUCUCUUCAGGAUAUUUCACAACCUACUGUCCUGCACCACUAGUGUUGAUGUGGCUGAUCAUUGAGAGUUCUAACAGUCUCAUCUCAUCACACUUUGAUUAUUUCAAUCUUGAGAGGGUUAGAAGGGAAGGGUUUGUGUGUUCUUUCAGGAUUGGAUUUGGGUUUCUCCAUUCUCCUUCUCUAGUUCUGAGUUUAGUUAAAGAGAUAGAUGUCUAUAAUGGGUUUUUAAGUUGUAACUAUUAGAUUACUAAAAAGAAAGGAAGAUUGGUGUUGCUUGCUGUUAUUCUGAUUUUCUGAAGCCUAUGUCCUGUACUGAAUUUACUCUCAGCCAAAUUGAGAAAAGGAAAGUUUCCAAAUGUUAAAAGAAAAACUUUGAUCAUCUCAGAACUAAUGGAUUUUUUUUUUCUUCUUCU